ACUAAGCAAGAUUGUACCCUCAAUGUCCUUUUCUUGAUGUUCAAUGUGUGGUCUAUAUUAAUUACAAGCACCACUAGUGAGGUAAAUAUCAAUUUCCUAACUAAUUAAGCAUGCUUAACAUCUUAAUUUAUAUAUUUACCAGGCUGACAUUGCAGCUCUUUAUUGGAACUUAUAAAUCUAUGAAAUUUUCUUAAAGGGGAAAAUUGAAGUGGUCUCUAAAGCGAAAAAGACGUGGAGUUAAACAAAUCCCAAAAAAAUAAAAAAAAAUUAAACAAAUCUUCCAUUGUCAAGAGUAGUUUCUUUCUCCCAUUUUAUUGUUAUUAUUUUUUUGUAUAAAUCUGUCAUGCCCCUUCAUUUCGUUUUAAAAGAACUGCCAACAGCGGCACAUGAAAUCCUUCCUAAAUCAAUCAUGUUCUUCCAUUAUCUUCACUCGAUUUUCCGGCGAUACGGAUGGUCUCCAUCGCUGCUACAGGCGGCGACGUGGACGGUUAUGUUAGCGUCAGUGAGGUCCAACUUGGAUUUUUUUGUGCCUACGAUCUUCGCGGGCCUGAUCGUUGCCGGUUCUGCCUGCGUCGUCCGAUCUUUGGGUUUCUAGGAGGCGAGGGUGAGAUAAGUUGAAAUUGUUGGUUUGAUAAUCCUGAUCCCAUUGCUGUUUUACUGUCACCUAUUAUCUAGGAACCAGUUUGUUUAUUAACUACUCUUUAGGACUUAGUGCAGGACGUGUCAAUCUGCAUGUUAUCCAUGUAACCUUGUUUUUAGGAGUUAGUUGCUAUUUAUUUGGUUGUAUUGUUGAUGUCUUCUGCCUAUAUAAAGGCUGUUAUCAGUGAAAUAAAUAAGUAGUUCAUAU